ACAUGGCCCAAAAAACAACUUCUUGAGAGAAAGAAAGAACUUGCACAUCGCUCUCUGUUUUGCUGUUCCACGCACUCACACGUCACCAGAUUCCGAGAACCAUCAGCAACAGUUGGAUCAGACUAAGAUGCGGCAACUAAAGGGAAAGGUCAAAGAGACUCGCAAGCAGAAGAAGGAGCGGAAGCUGGACAAUCUGGAGAACCAGGCCAAGAUCCGGACCGUGGUGCUGCCGGCUGUGGGCGUUCUGGCAGUCUUCCUAGUGCUAUUCGUCUACCUGAAAACCCGCCCGGCGGUCCUAUCCUGAUGUAGCGGAGCCCUAGGCAUAAGUUUUAGUUUAGAAUCAAUGAAUACUACAAUCCGAUUCAAUAUUAA